AUGUUCUACGCUCUUGGACCUCUUGCCCUCUUCGCUUUCGCGACUGAGGUGAUGGCCACCCCUGUGGCCUAUCCAAUGACCACCGCGUCUCCAACUCUGGCCAAGCGGGACUCUUGCACCUUCUCAGGCUCGGACGGUGCUGCUUCUGCUAGCAGGUCGCAGACCGACUGCGCGACUAUCACUCUGUCCGACAUCACCGUUCCAUCGGGCACUACCCUCGACCUGAGCGACCUCGAGGACGAUACCACUGUCAUCUUCGAGGGCACCACCUCCUGGGAGUACGAGGAGUGGGAUGGACCGCUGCUCCAGAUCAAGGGCAACGGCAUCACUAUCAAGGGCGCCGAUGGAGCCAAGCUGAACCCCGACGGAUCCCGCUGGUGGGAUGGUGAGGGCUCCAACGGCGGCGUUACCAAGCCCAAGUUUUUCUACGCCCACGAUCUGACCGACUCGACCAUCCAGAACCUCUACAUUGAGAACACCCCCGUCCAGGCCGUCAGCAUCAACGGUUGCGAUGGGCUGACCAUCACCGACAUGACAAUUGACAACUCCGCCGGUGACGAUGCGGGUGGUCACAACACAGACGGCUUCGAUAUCGGCGAGAGCUCCAACGUGGUCAUUACCGGCGCCAAGGUCUACAACCAGGACGACUGUGUUGCUGUUAAUUCCGGCACUUCCAUCACCUUCAGCGGCGGUACCUGCUCUGGUGGACACGGUCUGUCGAUCGGCAGCGUCGGUGGACGCGACGACAACACGGUCGACACCGUCACCUUUAAGGACUCAACCGUCUCCAACUCUGUCAACGGCAUUCGCAUCAAGGCCAAGUCCGGCGAGACCGGUGAGAUCAAGGGCGUCACCUACUCUGGUAUCAGCCUCGAGUCCAUAUCCGAUUAUGGUAUCCUCAUUGAACAAAACUAUGACGGCGGUGAUCUCGACGGCGAGGUGACCUCGGGCAUCCCCAUUACCGACCUCACCAUUGAGAACAUCUCCGGCUCCGGCGCCGUUGACUCAGAUGGAUACAACAUUGUCAUCGUCUGCGGUGACGACGCCUGCUCCAACUGGACCUGGUCCGACGUCGAGGUUACCGGUGGUGAGGAUUACGGCAGCUGUGAGAACGUCCCCAGUGUUGCAUCUUGCAGCACCUAA